AUGGAGAGCAUGAAUGUACAUACCGCCAUACUACAAGAGGUGGCCAAGAAGCAUGCCGAUUUGAUCAACGGCAUGAACGCAUUGUAUGCCACCUUGAUCAAGAUGCGUUACCUCCGAGAAGAUGAGGUCAUCUAUCCUCCGUACGGAGUGGCUGGCAAGCCUGCAGUAGCUGUCGAACAGCUCAAAGCUGCUGGCUUCGUGCCCGAGGUGAUAGCUCUCAUGGAACUGCUACCUUAUCCGUCAAACGAGGCACUGGAGUACUGGUCGGAGCAAGAGGAGGGCAUACCAAUUGCGCCAGACAGCGGUGCCUUGUCGUAUCUCGAAGGUCACGACUGGGACCGCACGAUAGCAACAUCCAGACAACCACUACGGGCUGGUGAGACUGGUUUACCGGCGUGGGCCUUCAAGAUCACGUUUUGUGGUGAAAACUGGGGUACGGAGUACUUGUACGACACAAGAGAUAGAAGAAUGAGACGGUGGGCGUCGAAGAGCGAAAGUACAGAAUACGAGCAUCAGCCCAAUCGAGCAACAAUACAAUCCUGGGAUCUUCUGCGCAACGAGCUACUCAGUCUGGACUGGAUUCCAUGGCGCGACGAGGGCGAAUGCUACCAAGUUCUCAAUAUACAUGCACGACCAAGCCUUCUUUCUGGAGUAGGCGCAACGAAUCGUUAUGAAGAACACGACGGCGAGACAGAGCUGCUGCAGAACGAGCAUACGAAAUUGAAACGACACAUCGAGGCCGCGCGAAUAAGAAUCCCCUCACUAAACGCUGCCUUGAAAUCAGGCCGACAACGAUCAGGUUCGUUGAGUACCGAAGAACUCAAGCAGCUGGCGACUGAGCACAAGAUUUCGUUAGAGCACUCUCCGACCCGACAUGUGCAGCCAGAAGGCUGGGGCAUAGGAAUGGUGUUGGACGGCGUGGAGCGGAAUGCGCCAGACAACAAGGCACUGCGCCAGAAGAUCUUGUCCAUGCGACAUGCCAGUGCUCAGCAACUGCGCAAUACAGCAAUGGAAUAUGGAUGUCCUAUUCCAGAGGUACCAGCACCACCUCCUGCACCACCGUUGGAAAUAGACUCCAAGGUCGAAGUCGCNAAGGCGGUGCAGAACAUGUUCACUGUCAAACGUCAAAUGUUCAAGGAGUGUGGAUGGGAGGAGGUGUUCGAUGGCGAGAUGUUCGAAGCAAAGCGGAGGGACUUGAUAGAUGAGUACCAUGCUUUCUUCUCGCUACUAGGGCCCAGGGGACAGAACGUUCAUGACGCUGUCCAGGGGGCGUGGUUGAGAGACUGGUUCAGGCAGAAGGCUGGCGAGAAAGCUGUUUAG